UACCACAGCUAUUGUUGAAACCACGACCACAGUUCCACAUGUGGAAACAACAGGUCAAGGAUCCACCACGGUUACAUCUAAACCAUCUGUGAGUACUGAAAUUACAUCUGGGCCUUUCACUACCACUAAAGGAACAGCUGCAACACCUAUAGAUACAACAGCAUUUGAAUCCACAACAGCAACAAUUAUGACAACAAAAACACCAAAAAUAGUUACAACGGGACCAACAACAUCCUCUACCACAGCUGCAUCAACCUUAGCUGUUGUAACAGGAUCAUCGUUUUCCUCAACUGUAAUUACAAAUCCUUCUGUUUUAAACACAACUAUUUUACCCUCAACAUCUAGAGGUACUACUUCUAUUGCUCCUAUAACAGAGACACUUCCAGGUAGCACAACUGUUUACACAACUAGUGUAAACCCCAGUGUAACCACAACCACAGUUGCUUCUCCAUCACCCCUUAAUACAACUUCGACGCUAUGUGUAUGCAUUGUCAAUGGAGCUUCGCAUCAUGCUGGGGACUUGGUGUACAAUGUCACUGAUGGGUUAGGGUGGUGUUAUGCUGCAAUUUGCAAUGCAUCUUGUGAAAUUGAGACACAAUCCAGUCCAUGUCCUGUGACACCAAGUGUGCCCACUACUGCACACUCUACAACUACAGUAUUCAGCACUACCACAAAGGCCACAAUUUCCAGCUCAGUACCUCUGACAACAACUAUUCCUGCCUCCUUUACUUCAAGUACAUCAAUAACUUCAUCUACUCAAAAUGCCUGCAAUGAUGUGUAUCCACCGAGACAGAAUGGAGAGUCCUGGGAUGCCGGCAACUGCACUACAGCUACUUGCAUUAAUGGGAAGAUUAUAAUGAUGCCAACAGUCUGUCCUACUAUGCAGCAGCCAAUCUGUACCAAUGGACGCAGUGCUGCUAAGAUCUCUGAUGAUGAUGGAUGCUGCCCUCACUAUGAAUGUCGAUGUGUGUGCAGUAUCUGGUGUGGAUCCCACUACUUAACAUUUGAUGGAGAAUCCUACAAUUUCAAUGAGAAUUGCUCUUACUACCUGGUCAAAGAGAUUAUUGCUAAAUAUAACCUGACUAUUGUAGUUAAUCGUGAUUGUGAUCCAUCAAACAGCACAUUCUGUCCCAAGGCUCUUACUGUUGCAUAUAAAUCCUUCAAAGUGGUUUUGACUCAGCUGACGUCUUCAGGAGUAUCAACUAAUGUGGUGUUUGUGAAUCAGCAAAAGAUCUAUCCUGCCUAUAGCAAUUCUGUCCUGCACAUUACUAGCACAGAUAUAAUCACCACAUUGGAGUUACAGGACAUCAGUGCAAAAAUAGUCUAUUCAGGCUCUUCAUUCAGCAUUGACCUUCCCUACUCCCUCUUUGAAGGAAACACAGAGGGACAAUGUGGUACCUGUGACAACUCCCAGAGCAAUGAAUGCCGUUCUCCAAAUGGCCAGGUGGGAAGUUGCUCAGACACUGCAGGCGAGUGGCAGGUCCCAGAUACACCCUGUGUUAUCCCCACAACCCCACCAACACCCAGAACUACAUCAAACCCCCCACACUCAACACCACCUGUUUGUAAACCUGCUAUCUGUGAUCUACUAACUAGCAGUUUAUUUGCACCAUGCCACACAGUUGUACCUCCAGGACCAUUUGUGACAUCAUGUGUGUUUGACAAUUGCAAUCUUGGGAAAAACAGCUGCUGCAGUCUGGAGGCUUAUGCCACUGAAUGUUCUAAUGAAGGAAUCUGUAUUGAUUGGAGAAAUGCUACCAAUGGGCUCUGUGAGCACAAGUGUCCAAGCAACAAAGUGUACAUGCCCUGUGGUCCAUCUGUAGAACCUACAUGCAAUAACGGAUACAACAUGGCAUAUCAAACAGCGGCAUCCAGUAACGACACUAAGGAAGGUUGCUUCUGUCCUCAUGGUACCACAUUAUUCAACACAGUACAUGACAUAUGUGUUGACACCUGUGCUUGUGUUGGACCUGAUGGAAAACCCAAACAGCUGGGCGAGACUUGGACAAGUGACUGUCAAACCUGUGUUUGUGACAAGGAUUCCAUGAGCGUCCAGUGUGAGCCUGUUCAGUGCCAGUCUGUACAAAGGCCUAACUGCAGUGAACCUGGCCAGCAACUGGUCAACAAUACAGUGAACUGCUGCACAACACAGUCAUGUGAAUGCAAUAUAAACCUGUGCCCUGCUCCACCCACGUGCUUGCCGGGCUUCCAACUGAGCAUUACCAAUGGCACCUGUUGUCUAUCCUACAAGUGUGUUCCUAAAGGUGUGUGUGUCUAUAACAUGACUGAAUACAAGCCUGGUGCCAAGAUCCCAACGCCAGACACACUAUCAGAACCCCCGCUGGAAGCACCAGAAGCACAAUCAAUGGCAGAACAACCAUCAGUAACAACAACAGCACCAUCAGGAGCUGGAGAAACAUCAACAAUGUCAGAGUCAUUUACACCCGGGCCCUGCCAGGAAUGUUACUGUGGCCCCGAAAUGGAUCCUGUCACCAAGCUGAACGUUAUUACCUGUGAACCUGUCAUCUGCAACAAAAACUGUUCUGCUGGUUAUGAAUAUCAGACUGAACCAGGAAAGUGCUGUGGAACAUGUGUUCAGACGGACUGUAUUUUCACCACAACUGACAACGUGACGGUGCAUGUUAUUGAGGUCAACAGCUCUUACAUACCUCCUAAUAACAAAUGUGUGCAAUAUACCUGUGAGAAGCUCAAUGGACAGCUUGUUACCAAGGAAACCAAGACUACUUGUCCUCCGUUUAAUCCCUUGGACUGUGAACCUGGCACUGAAACAACAGAUGCCAAUGGGUGCUGCAAAACAUGCAACAUAAGUCUGUGUAAGACCCAGAAGGAGCAGAGAAUCAUUGAACUGAACAACUGCAAGAGUGCACAGCCAGUUAACAUCACAUAUUGCGCUGGACACUGUGACAGUUUCUCCAUGUAUUCUAUGGCAGCCAACACAAUGGUACACAAUUGCGAGUGCUGCCAAGAAGCCACCACCAGUGUGGAGCAGGUGGAGCUUACCUGUGCUGAUGGGUCUAAGCUGCAGCACAGCUACACCAUGGCACAGUCAUGCCAGUGCAUCAAAACAGAAUGCGUGGAAGGAACAACGCCCAAACCACAGCGCCGCAGGAGACGCUGAUCAUCAGUAACUUGAAUGCUUUACGAUGGCUAAGACCACCUUUGACACUCUUUGUACCACGUUUUCUUAUCUCUGGUUGAACAAAUGCUCCUUUUCUGUAUCACAACAUACCACUGUGAUGUAAACUGUCUUUUCUUGGUGAUAAAAAUUAAAGUCCUUUCUGCAACAUGAACAUUUUUACCAAGUCUUUGUGGGGAUUGAACAUCAAAGAACACAAAGGUUUGAAAAAUACUUACUUUUCAAAAAAAAAAAAAAUAGCGGUUUAACACUUUUUGAUAAAUUUGACAUUGUGAAGGGAACAAUCUUACAGAAAGGUUAUAUUCCAUUUCCAUUACAUCUGCUAUCGGCUGGCUUCUGCAUCAGCUUCUCACUUAAAAAACAUGUGCACUACUUGUUCUUGUCUAGUGAUAUAUGACUGCAAUUCAUGCUAGAUAAAUAAAUGAAUGAAUAUUCUGAAAUCAGCGAACACCAAUUGAAUACCAAAGUUUCUGGACUUAAAGAUGUGUAGUACACUGAAAUAACAGAAUCACAUGACACAACUGCACUUUAAACAUUAAUAGUUUUGCAGACUGACAGUCUCAUAGACAAGAACUUUGGCAGACAAAAUGUUGGCAGGUUACAAGUGUGAAUAGAAGACUUAGGAUUAGAAUACAGAGUCACCAAGGAGCUUUGUUGGUCUUAAAACCUCUGCAGAUGUCAUACUGUUGACCUCCAUUCAGAUAUCAGUAGCAAAGUGACCUCUUCAUUUUGUACUGCCUUCUAUCUCUGGAGUUCAUUUGGAAAGUAACUGCACAUCAAACCUUCAUGUUCUGACUUAGUGAUGGCAAACAUUGAUAGAGAUGACUCACAGUGGACAAAAGAUUUCUUCUAACCAGGGUAGUCAUUCAUUAAUUAUUAUUUCUGCAUACAUUUCUAUAUAUAUGUACACAAUGAAUAAUUUGAAAUGCACUACACACUUUACAGAUACCAAUAAUACAGAAGUAGGUUGCGAUUUACUGCAGUUACGGCAGGUGCAAAACAUACGUUUACGAAAGCAUCAACAUGAAUAGAUGGUGGACUGUGAAAAUCCAAUCCUGUGAUCAGAGGUUAGAACACCCAGUAAGUUAUAAUGGUUAUACCAAAAUGACUCUGUCAGAACUUGGGAGCAGAGUUGA